AAUCAUUGCAAUGGGAAACCCUAAGAAGCCCCAGCCCCGCCUACUUUUCCUGGGAGUGCUGAUCUCCAGCGCCCACCAUUCUGCAAAAGGGAUUGGCUGAGGAGCUUAGUGAGGGGCGUCUUCACCUACUGGGCCGAGGGUUAAAUAGGAGUUCAGGCAACUGGGCAAGAUGCUCUGGAGAAGAACUCUCCUUGAGUGGGUUCUCUGAAUUUAACCAUGACCCAGGCGGUCAAGCUUGCCUCCAGAGUGUUCCAUCGAGUCCGCUUCCCUCCCCAGCUAGACGCUUCACCCGGCUCCCGAGACUCUGGCUCAGUUCCCCAGAGCUUGUCGGACAUCCCAGGGCCCUCUAUGCCUAGCUUCCUGACCGAACUUUUCUGCAAAGGCGGGCUGUCUAGGCUACAUGAACUGCAGGUGCAAGGCUCUGCACGCUACGGACCAAUAUGGUCGGCCAGCUUUGGAACUCUGCGCACAGUGUAUGUGGCCCACCCUGCAUUCGUGGAGCAGCUGCUCCGACAAGAGGGUCCUUGUCCGGAGCGCUGCGGUUUCUCAUCUUGGGCGGAGCACCGUCGCCGCAGCCAGCGGGCUUGCGGACUUCUUACCGCGGAAGGCGGAGAAUGGCAGAGGCUCCGAAGUCUCCUGGGCCCGCUACUCCUUCGGCCUCAAGCAGCCUCUGGUUAUGCAGGAACUCUGUACGACGUGGUCCAUGACCUUGUGCAAAGACUUCGGCGCCAGCGGGGCCGUGGUACCGGGCCGCCCGCCCUGGUUCGGGAUGUGGCCGGAGAGUUUUACAAAUUUGGACUAGAAGGCAUAGGAGCCGUGCUGCUGGGUUCCCGCCUGGGGUGCCUGGAAGCUGAAGUUCCCCCAGACACAGUGACCUUCAUCCAUGCAGUAGGCUCAGUGUUUGUGUCCACACUGUUGACCAUGGCAAUGCCCGACUGGAUGCACCGCCUAGUGCCUGGACCCUGGGCCCGCCUCUGCCGAGACUGGGACAAGAUGUUUGACUUUGCCCAGCAGCAUGUGGAGCUGCGAGAGGGUGAAGUGGCUGUGAGAAACCAGGGAAGGCCUGAGGAGAACAUGUCAUCUCGGCAUCACUUGACUUACUUCCUUUUUCGGGAGAAGUUGCCUAUCCAGUCCAUCGUGGGAAAUGUGACAGAGCUGCUACUGGCUGGAGUGGACACGGUGUCCAACACACUCUCCUGGGCUCUCUACGAGCUCUCCCGGCACCCUGAAGUCCAGUCGGCACUCCACUCUGAGAUCACAGCUGCCCUGGCCUGUGCCUCCUGUACCCACCCCCACGCUACUGUUCUAUCCCAGCUACCCCUGUUGAAGGCUGUGAUCAAGGAAGUGUUGAGAUUGUACCCUGUAGUGCCUGGAAAUUCCCGUGUCCCAGAUAAAGACAUCCAUGUAGGUGACUACAUCAUCCCCCAAAACACACUGGUCUCUCUGUGUCACUAUGCCACUUCAAGAGACCCUGCCCAGUUCCCAGAGCCAAACUCUUUUCAUCCAACUCGCUGGCUGGGGGAGAGCCCAGCCCCCCAUCCAUUUGCAUCUCUUCCUUUUGGUUUUGGCAAGCGCAGCUGCAUGGGGAGACGCCUGGCAGAGCUUGAGCUACAAAUGGCUUUGGCCCAAAUCUUGACCCAUUUUGAGGUGCUGCCUGAGCCAGGUGCUCCCCCAAUCAGACCCAUGACCCGGACUGUCCUGGUACCUGAGAGAAGCAUCAAUCUACAGUUUAUAGACAGAUAGUCCUAUGGAAGGAGGCUGUUGUCAUCUACCGUUUUUCUCUAACUAGGCAUAAGAAAUGCACCUCUGCCCGAGGCCUUUCUGUCUUAGACUGCAGGAGGUAGGCCUGACUUAUGUAUAAAGUAUGUACUUGGCCUGACUCAGUAGGUCCUGACAGACGAUGGUCCCUCCUCGUGCUCAGUACUUCUCCUGGUCAUCCCUCAAGGUCUAGCUCAGGUUUUAACACAUCCUUCAAGGGCCAACUCAGAUGUUAACUAAUAACCCUAGUGGCCUAAAGAAAGAUUCAACCACUGUUCUUUUGGUGCUUACAUGGUGUUCAUUGAUGUGCUGGCUAAGCAUUUAUUAUGGCAUGAGCUAAGUAAUUGUGCAUCUGGUCUGUACCUGGUUGGUUCUCCCUCUAAGCAUGUGAGCUCUUUGAGGAGGGAUGAGGCCUUACUGGUCUUUUUUUAUUCUUUUGAGAUGGAGCCUUGCUAUGUAGCCCAGAUUGUCCUUGAACUCAAUCUUCUUGCCUCCCCUUCCCCAGUGCUAGGAUUACAAAUACUACCACUCCCAGCCUUAUUUGGUCUUUAGAUCUCCUGUCAGGGCCUAUCCCUGGCUCAGCAAUACCAUACACAUUCUCAGACUGAGUCUGGACCAUGUGGCAGAAAGGAUGAGUAGCUUACCAGGUUCUACCUACUCCUUUUCUUCUUCUUUUAAAAAGUUAUUUAUUUUUAUUUUAUGUGUAUGAGCAUAUUGUCUGCAUAUAUGCAAGUGCACCCAUAUAAUGCUUCUGGAGGUUAGAAGAGGCAUCAAAUCCCCU